AUGAAGGAGGUCGAGAUUGGGUCGGCGAUGGGAGGGGAGGAGAAGGUAGAGGCAGAGAAGAUCCCGGUGCUGAGGCCUCCUCUCUUCCCUGCCGCCGCUUCCACUUUCCACCCAGAAAAACCCUUCCCCUCAGCCUCCUCUCCUCUCUUCUCUCCUUCCUUUACGUUCGAUCCAAUCAGAUGUCGGCUUCCUCCCGCGCCCCAUCAACAGCGCCGCCCUCGUUCGGCCCUCGUCGACGGGAGAGCUGCAAUCGUCAGAAUAUGCUUCCCUGCUUUGGCCUGGGCGAACAUUCUCUACAUCAAGGGCGGGAACUACAACGCACAGGUGGUGAUCCCCGAUGACAAGCCGGAUGAGUCGCUGCUACGGAGGUUCACGAGGGAGGUGAUGAAGGCGAGGGUGCUCCAAGAGUGCAAGAUACGGAGGUGA